CACUGGUGCAUAUUUACCAUUUCCGGCGGCUAACAGCCUUCUUAGCCUAGAGAAGCCGCCAAGCAGAGAAAAUAUAAACCCAGCACAGCAGCGAAGGAACAAAUGAGUGUUGUGAUUUGAAUCUACUUUGGGAAGCAGCUUGCCUCUGCCUCUGCCGCUGUCUGUGCAGUGUAUCCCCAGACACGAGGGUCACAUGACUGAGCAACGCAACCCCGGGAUGUCCACCAUCCCUCAGACGGUCCCUGCCCACACAGAGUCCUCCUCCCAGGCUGUGGAGAUGGAUCCGGUGGAGUACACCCUGAGGAAGCGCCUCCCCCGGAAGCUUCCCAAGAGACGGAACGACGUCUACGUCAACAUGAAGACUGAUUUCCGGGCUCAGUUGGCGCGCUGCCAAAAGCUCCUGGAAGGAGGAGGCGGCCACAGGGAGAUUUGCGUCCACGGACUGGGCCUGGCCAUCAACAGAGCCAUCAAUAUUGCCCUGCAGCUGCAGGCCACUAGCCAGGGGGCGCUGCAGCUGGCAGCCAACACCUCCACAGUGGAGCUCGUGGACGACCUGGAGCCGGAAGAUCCCGAUGAGGCCGGGGAGCCCAUGACGCGAACGCGCAACAACUCGGCCAUUCACAUCAAAGUUUUCUACCCUGAUCCUUAGUGACUUCACCCAAACUCUGUUGUCAUCCUGGAGAAAUUCUGUCGAUGCUGUUGUCUCUCUCAUUAUUGACCAGAAGACAUCGUCUGGCCGGACUGUUCACUUUAUGGGGAUAACUAUAAAAACAUCCAGCUGAAAAUGAAGAAUAGAGCAGGCAAACUCUCAAAAUAUGUUCUGUGUUCAUCUAUGGACCUUGCUGGAGUCCUGUCCCAAGAACCCAGCUGGCCAUGGGUUGCAUCGUUUUUGUUUACAUUGCUUGGAGCAUCAGUGGUGUCGAAGUGAAAUAUAUUCAGUUGUGUCAAAUGUACAUCUAUGUUUGUGUUUAAUUGUAAAAACCCUCGAGUCUCUGUUUAAAGGGAGUAAAUAAAUGGAGAAAACAACCUGUCAAGUCGGUGCUGUUGCUCUUGGUCUCCUCUAGAUGUCGGUAUCUAUCAGUAGUAAUUUUGGCUAGUGUCAUAUCAUCUGUAGUGAAAUUAUUCUAUACGUCUUUACACCCUGGGGUUCAACUGAGGGUCAGACACUUAAAAUCAAUGUAAAUGUGUUAUUCUGCUGCUGGUUUUUAUUUGGGCGACAACCUACUGUGGUGGAAAACUUUGAAUUUGAUCAAAUAAAGCAUAAUUAAAUGUC